UGUUGUGAUAGAUCAACUAGAUUGCCAUACAUUUCAGGAACACGACUUGCUAAUGCCCAACAAGAUAUGAUAUGCUCUGCAGAACCAAGAAAAUAUUCAUGCGCUGAUAUAACCUGUUUAAUGCAGCCAAGAAUCUACAACAUGUUGGGACAACAGAAGUGUCUAACCUACUUUUAUAUUGGAAGAAUUACAGUUCAGAUUCUGAGAGGCUAAGAUUGAAAUUGAGAUGUUUCCACUACCAACUCUGGUGCUUGUAUCUAUGCACCCCAGUUUCUCUGUCCCACUGCUCUGGAUUUGUUGAUGUAUGCUCAACCUCAUUCAUUAUCACCACCUUGAAUUCAAUUGCAGAACAGUUGUAGUGAGAAAUUAUGUAUAAGUUAGUGCAUAUCUUAGGGAUACUAGAGGCCAAGCAUUUGUUACCUAUGUCAGAUCUGACAGGACAUUAUUCACGCUAUUAGACAUUGACUGAGAGGCAAUGCAGAUACUUUGGGGCUCAGCACUAACAAACUGCUUCCUGACCAUCUCAGAGCUGAAACAGAUUUGGCAGCUGGAAGAAUCCCUCUUUGCACCCACCCUUGCCCUGCCCACUACCGCCACCAACCAGGUGGAUAUUCUGGGGAGAAUUUUGUGAAUAAUUUUGUUUUUAUUCCUAGAAACAUUCCUUAUUUGUAAAGUUUGCAUUUUCAGUAUAUUUCUAAAUUAUUGUCUUUAGUAUAAGAUUUUUGUGUCAUCCGUUAGUCUCGCGAGACCAUGGAUCUGCGCUUGGAAAGUCUAUUGGAGUGUCCUCUCCAGGGCGCAGGCCUGGGCAAGGUUGUAUGGAAGACCGGCAGUUGCCCAUGCUGCAAGUCUCCCCUCUCCACGACACCGAUGUUGUCCAAGGGAAGGGCAAGGGUCGAUACAGCUUGGCACCAGUGUCGUCGCAGGAGUUGCCAGAGCGAGGUUGAAGGCAACAUCGGACUGCCUUAGGGACUCCAGCUCCGGGUUUGUCCUCAGGGUUUACUCCCGAAGCCUUUCCUAUUUUCAGGCACAAUGAAUUGGUCUUUUCUUCAAGGCCUCCUCAGCGGGGUGAAUAGAUACUCGACAGGGUUCGGCCGGAUAUGGCUGUCUGUCGUCUUCCUCUUCCGAGUGCUGGUGUAUGUGGUGGCAGCAGAAAAAGUCUGGGGUGAUGACCAAAAAGACUUUGAGUGCAACACCAAGCAGCCUGGCUGUAAAAAUGUUUGCUUUGACCACUUCUUCCCGAUCUCGCACAUUCGGCUUUGGGCGCUCCAGCUCAUAUUCGUCUCCACUCCAUCCCUGCUGGUGGUCAUGCACGUAGCUUACAGAGAAGAGAGGGAGAGGAAGAACAAGAAGAAAUAUGGUGAGAACUGUCAUACUCUUUACCAAGACACAGGGAAGAAGAAAGGAGGACUGUGGUGGACUUACAUAAUCAGCCUUGUGUGUAAAGCAGCAAUUGACAUAGGGUUCCUGUACAUACUUCAUAACAUAUAUAAAAACUUUGACUUGCCUCGUCUGGUUAAGUGUAAACAGGAUCCCUGCCCCAACACCGUUGACUGCUUCAUUGCCAGACCCACUGAGAAACGAAUCUUCACUUUAUUUAUGGUUGUCACUUCAGGCAUCUGUGUUCUCUUAAACGUUUCUGAAUUUCUGUACCUUGUAACCAAGAGAAUCAUAACUGAGUGCUGUAGGACAGGGUGACGAAGACACACAAACUACAGCACAAAAAAUUCAAUGACCUUGUUUGACAAAUCAUCUGAAGCAGCUUACAAUUUAGAGAGCAAGGCUUACCGUGCAAACCAAAAUUCAAAUGCGAUCCUUCACUUGAAUUCAUAAGCCAGAAAUCAGGUCCACAAUUAUCCUCAUUUGAAUAUGCAGAACUUUUUAAACAUUGGCAAUAGCAAUAGUGGUAUACAUUGUAUUUUUCUUUGUCUUAUACUUCACAGAGCUUAACAAACUAUGCUUUACCAUUGGCUCUCAAGCUCCAAUAAUGAAGGUCAUAUCAUUUUGCUAUGAAGUUUCAUCACAUUCAGUGGAUCUGCAAAUCUUACCCCUAGCCUCUGCUGUCAGUCAAACUAAAGCACUUUGUCUGAGCAUUUUAAAUGAGCAAAUGACUGUUCAAUGUCUGUUUAAAUUUGUUUGGCUAUAUUUGAGACAGUAGGCCAGUAUUAAGAACUUCUGGACUCCCAAAAUGGAGAGUACAUUAUUAACAAUAAUGUAGAAAAUGGGCAAAGUAAUUAGGAAAAUUAAAUUAUAGUAAAGGAUAAUACAUUUCAGGAAUAACUUACUACCAAAGAACAUUUUGAUAAACAAUAUAAGCAAACCGGAAAGUAAAUGCUAAACAAUCAUCUUGUCAAACAAGGGUUAUUCCCUAUCAUUGCUAACUGGUGUUGCAUUUCCAGUCCCUCAUCAUCAGAAUGAUGGGAGUUACUGUGACAAAGAACUCAGUUUUACCAAACACAUCACUGCUAUGAUGACUGGAGCAAGGUAGAGGCUAGUUAUUCUGAUAGCACAGAACCAUUUCAUCCACUUCAAGGCACCUAUCAGGUGUCUUAUGGAAUACUCUGCAGCAGGCUGAAUGAGUACAGCCUCAGCAAGAUUCUGGGAUUGAAAAGCUUGUCAUAUGAGGAGCAUUCAAUAGCUCUGGGUCUCUAGUCACUGCAAUAUUGUCAGUGAUUUGUGGUGCUCGAUAAUGCAUUAUUUACUGCAGAAAUAAUUCAACAUAACUUAAUAUGUAACCUGGGAUAUGCAUAUUUUAUAUGCUUUAUGUGCACAUACACAGUGAUAGAUACUUUCUUCAUUUUACACUGCCACUCAUUUUACUGAGGAGAGUAUAUAUUAGCUUCAUUUAGGGUCUUAAAAACUGGUUUUCAAUUUCAUGUCCAGAGAAGAUGCUGAAAAGUUGCUGGCUUAUACUAAAUAUCCACAUGAAUUGCACAAUAACAUCAAAGUUCUGAGCUAUUGAAAUGUUAUUGAGGCCUUGCCCUGGGCCACAUGCUUGGCUUAAAUUCAUUGCAACAUGGGGAAGAAAUGGAUAUGGUUAAAUUCUUUGGAUAAUCUGAUAAACUGUACUAACCAACCAUUAACAAGGCUCAGUCACUUGGAGAAAACUAUUGAGAUAAACUUAUCAACAAAUGAACAACUGUCUUAAUGACGGAUUACAAGGAGAUAGAAGAAUUUUCCAAAAGAAUGCUUAGAGGGUUUAUUUCAUGUUCCUGCUUGUACCAGGAACUUCAUUCGUGUCAAUAAUACUUCUUUAAGGAAUGCAUUUGUUCUUCAUUUAUUGUAAAAGUAAACCAGUGUAUUUUAACUGAUUUAUAUUGCAAUGUGCCACAUUAAAGAUUUAAGAUUUUUGUAAGUGUGUGGUUUAAUUGGAUUUUUAUUCUCAGACAUCAAUGCUGCAAAUUAUGUAUAUUAAACCAGCUUGGAUUUAAAGGUG